AUGAGCGUCAAGGCCGAGGCACCUGCUGCUGCUGCUGCUGCCCCUGCUGCUGAUGCCGCCAAGAAGGUUGACAAGAAGGCUGCUAAGAAGCCUAAGGCUGCCAAGGCUACUGGCGAUUCCGAGUAUCCUCUCGAGUAUGAGCCUAAGCCCGAGUACCUUGCUCAUCGUAUUGCCAUGUUUGACCGUCUCAAGGCCAAGAGUGAUGCCGACAUCAAGUUGAAGCCCCGUGUUCCCAUCACAAUCACUCUUCCCGAUGGUACUGUCAAAGAAGGUACUGCCUGGGAAACCACUCCUAUGAAUAUUGCUGCCGGUAUUGCCAAGUCUCUUUCCGAGCGUGUCGUGAUCUCAAAGGUCAACGGCGAGUUGUGGGAUUUGGAGCGUCCUAUUGAAGAGAGCUGCAAGCUUGAAUUGAUUGAUUUCGAGAACCCCGAAGGCAAGCGUGUCUUCUGGCACUCUAGCGCCCACAUGAUGGGCGAGGCUUGCGAGAGACAUUAUGGCUGUCACUUGUGUAUUGGUCCCCCGUUGGAAGAUGGUUUCUACUACGAGAUGGGUGUCAAGGAUCGCGCUGUUACCCAGCAGGAUUAUGCUAGCCUUGAAAAGUUGGUUGGUACAAUCACAAAGGAGAAGCAGCCCUUUGAGCGUCUUGUGAUGACCAAGGAAGAAUUGCUUGAGAUGUUCAAGCACAACCCUUACAAGGUCCACAUCAUCAAGGACAAGAUCCCCGACAACACCUCUACUACAGUCUACCGCUGCGGUCCCCUUAUCGAUUUGUGCCUCGGUCCUCACUUGCCCCACACUGGUCGCGUCAAGGCCUUGACUAUCACCAAGAACUCUUCUUCUUACUUCUUGGGUGAUGCCAAGAACGAUUCUCUCCAGCGUAUCUACGGUAUUUCUUUCCCUGAUAAGAAGCAAAUGACUGAGUACAAGAAGUUCUUGGAAGAGGCCUCCAAGCGUGAUCAUCGUAAGAUCGGCAAGGAACAAGAGCUUUUCUUCUUCCAUGAGUUGUCUCCCGGUUCUGCAUUCAUGCUUCCCCACGGUACCCGUGUCUACAAUGCUUUGAUGGAUAUGAUCAAGGGUGAAUACACCCAGAGAGGCUUCACUGAGGUUAUUACUCCCAAUAUGUUCAACCUCAAGCUCUGGAACCAGUCCGGCCACGCUGCCAAGUAUAAGGAGAACAUGUUCUGCUUUGAGGUUGACAAGGAAGAGUUUGCCUUGAAGCCCAUGAACUGCCCUGGGCAUUGUUUGAUGUUCGGCCACAAGGAGAGAAGUUACCGUGAGUUGCCUAUCCGUCUGGCUGAUUUCGGUGUUCUCCACCGUAAUGAAUUCUCAGGUGCCUUGUCUGGCUUGACCCGCGUCCGUCGUUUCCAGCAGGAUGAUGCUCACAUUUUCUGUCGUCAAGAUCAGAUCGCUCAAGAGAUGGCUAGCUGUUUCGACUUUUUGCACCAUGUGUAUGGUAUCUUUGGCUUCGACUUCCAUCUCAAACUCUCGACUCGCCCCGAGAACUUUAUUGGUGAAAUCAGUGUGUGGGACAAUGCUGAAAAGACAUUGGAGGCUUCUUUGAACGAGUUUGCUAACAAGCACGGAGCUACCUGGGAGCUUAACCCUGGAGAUGGUGCAUUCUAUGGCCCCAAGGUCGACAUUGUCAUUUCUGAUGCUCUUCGCCGUAAGCACCAGUGCGCCACUAUCCAGCUCGAUUUCCAGUUGCCAGAGCGCUUCAAAUUGGAGUUCCGCACUGAUAACACCGAGACCGAGCUCAACUUUGCCCGCCCUGUGAUCAUCCAUCGUGCCAUUCUUGGAUCUGUGGAGCGUAUGAUGGGUAUUUUGAUUGAGCACUUUGCUGGCAAGUUCCCCUUCUGGUUGUCCCCUCGCCAGGUCAAUGUUAUCCCUGUGGCUGCUGCAUUCUUUGACUACGCUCAGGAAAUUGUUGAUAGAUUGUCUUCUCUUGGUAUCUAUGCUGAUGCUGAUUUGUCAGACAACACUCUCAACAAGAAGGUCAGAAACAGUGAGCUUGCUCAGUACAACUUUAUCUUUGUUGUCGGAGCUGAGGAAGCCAACACUCGAUCAGUCAAUGUGCGUAACAGAGACGACGUUGGCACCAAGGCCAAGGGUCAGACCAUUCCAUUGGACAAGGUUAUUGAGUCGGUUGUCAACCUCAAGAAGAACAAGACUCUUGAGAACAAGAUCUAA